AUGUUAUCGUUUAUUAUUCAAUGUGUAAGGAAAUACUGUGGUCGUAUAUCAAACAUUAGUUCAUGUACUGCAUGUUUUUGGGGGUCAAGAGUAUUAUCAAGGCCUAGUAAACAAUAUGGUUUUUGUGAAGUUUGCCUAACUUCAUUGUCAUUUCAUGAUUGGUUAUAUCUUGGAUUUUUAGCUAUUCUACCUGUAUUAUUUCUGUUGUCUACAUUGCCAACAAUAGCUAAAUCGUCAAAAAUAUUUAUCAAAAGGCAAGAAAAAACUGUUAGUGAAAUUCAAGCAAAUAUACAUGAUAUAUAUUCAAAUUCAGUAGGACUUGAUCAAAAGUCUUGGAUUUUCUCUUUCGUUUGUAUCUCCGUUCAUAUAUGCACAAGUUUAAUGACAAUAAUUUUAUUCCCUCCCUUUGGUUCACUUUCUUUAUAUCAUUGUCCUGUAGAAAGAAUAGACGAUUUCUAUGCACCUUUCUUAGCAGCUUCUGGAUGUUCUUAUGAAGUUAACUUCCCAUUAACAUCAAUGCCUGUAGUCUAUUAUUUUAUUAGUGCUUUCAUAUGUCUUAUAGUUUAUCCACUAUUGUUUAUUGUAAUAUUUAAUGAUUAUAAAUGUUUAUUUGAUUCAUUGUAUAAAUUUCCUUUAAUUUUCGAUUAUUCAAUUCAUUAUUCAGAUGCUGUAAUUCGACCUAUCUAUAGUCCAUAUAUUCUGUUAAAAGAUAUUGUCCAUCAUCCAGGAAAUUAUUUACUACAUAUAUGCAUAAAUAUAUCAUGCAUUAUAUAUGCAUUAUUAUCUUUUUUUUCAACAUACAAUUGGUGUUUAUUACUAGGAUUUCUACCAGUUGUAUUUUAUCUUUCAACUCUUCCUUUAUCUCAUCCAUUCCUUCAUCAUGAUUGUGAUAGUACAUUGAAUAAAAUGUCUAUUACACCAUUUGAACAGUUACAAAAUAGAUCUGUUUUACGCAAUUCACAACAAACUGUCGAUAAUUCCUAA